CAGUAUAAAAUGGAGUAAGUCAAGCCACUGCCACAGUACCGUCUCCGGUUAUAUCAGCGUUACGAUUAAGAGGUUUGACAAUAAGAAUGCUAAGGGUUCUGAUACCUUGUCUGCUCGUGAGCUCAGUCCUAGCUGCCAGCGAAGAGCAAUGCCAAGUUGGGGACGUCACAUUCACCGGUUUUGAUUUGAAUGAAUACGUGGGAACAUGGUACGAACUAUACCGCACCCAGAACGCUGGCGAGGAGGAUUAUGCCAACUGUGAGUAUGAUGACUACUUUGUGGAGGAAAAUGGGAUCGGCGUUCGAAGCGUGGCCUAUAACAUCAGAACACGCAGUUUCGAAACGUCAGUUGGUACAGUGCCUCUUUGGACGGACACCACCUUCUACAUCAGUUAUUCUAAAGACGAGCUUUGGACAAGCCAAUACUGGGUAGUGGGAACGGACUACAAGACCUAUUCUAUCCUGAGAGGUUGUCUGGCCAACGACAGUACGCACCCGCUGACGUGGGUUGCAAGUCGCACUACGUCAUUUGACGACGAAACCAAACAAGAGGUGAACAGCAUUCUGGAACAGUACGGCCUCAGCCUGGAUGACCUUCAGCCCGUCAGCCAGGGGGCAUGUGCGGAAUAUGAGAGUUCUUAAACGUCAGAAUGAUUCUGCACCAACAGACUCUAAUCUGUAGUUACUAAGGCAUCGUUAAGAAACAAACGAAACGACAAUUUUCACCACCGGAUGUGAUCCUGUAUCUCUGAAAGAAUAAAUAAAAGACUUUUGAUCAUA